AUCACAAAGAUGGGAGAGCGUUGGAGCCGGAGCUGGAUAUAGAUAUCGCGAUAUGAUGAUUCUUCUCACUCCAUCUUAAAAUCGUGGCAACAAUCCAAUAAUAUAAUCAAAAAUUGCCAUUCUACACAUAUGGGAGAUCGGGAGUUGUGAUCUGAGAUAUGGAUAUGGUCCACAUGGAUAUGGAACGGGGAUCAUCGAAUCUCACUCCCAUGCAACAAAGCCAAUAAUAUAAUCCCAAAUGGUCAAUCUACACAAUGUGAGAUCCCAUGAGAUCUGGAUAUGGAGAUGAUUUAAUCUUGUUGAAGCUCCUCCUCCAUCUUAAAACCCUUGCAACAAGCCAAUAACCCAAUAAUAUAAUCACAAUUUGUCAAUCUCGGGAGCUGGAAUGAGAUAUGAGAUCUGGAUAUGGAAGAUGAUCGAAUACCGCGUUUAUCACUCCAUAUUAAAACGCUGGCAACAAGUCAACAACCAGAUCUGGAUAUGGAAGAUAAUCGAAUCUUCUGCAGCCCCUUCUCACUCCAUCAUAAAACCCAACCCUCACUCUUUGCUACAACACCAUUCUAACACCUCGCUCUUAUCUACGACUCAACAACUCUCUCAUGGCAUCUGCUAAUGCAAUUUCUACAGCUUCUAUAAUCUCUUCCUAUAAACAGCAGCAGGGGAGACUGAGAAAUGGUAAUGGAGGUGUUAGUCAAUUCCGGAUUGCGCCGAAGAUGAAGCAAUCUCAUUUUCGCCGGUUCUCGGUUCGCGCCCAGGCUUACGGUCUUGCCUAUGAUGAGAGUGGCAGAGCGGGUAUACAGGCCGGUCUCAAUAUACUUGCCGAUGCCGUUGCUCUUAGUCUUGGCCCUAAAGGACGGGAUGUUGUGAUUGUGAAAGAUGGUGGUGCCCCAAAGAUUGUUAGUGAUGGCUUUUCAAUUGGCAGUUCUAUUGAGCUACCCAAUGUCAAUGAAAACGCUGGCGCUAGUCUUAUUAGAGAGGUUGCAAGCAAAACCAAGGAGUCAGCUGGUGAUGGGACAACAACCGCAUCGGUUAUUGCACGUGAAAUAAUCCAACUCGGUAUCGCAAGUGUCACCUCUGGUGCUAAUGCAGUCUCAGUGAAGAAAGGCAUUGACAAAACUGUAGCUGCUCUGGUUCAGGAGCUUCAAAAGAAAGCCACACCUGUUAAAGGUCAUGAUGAUAUCAAAGCCAUUGCAUCGUUGUCUGUUGGAAAUGAUGAUAUCGGAACCACCAUUGCUGAUGCCAUGGACAAGGUUGGACUAGAUGGUGAGUUGUCCAUCGAAUCGUCAUCCUCCUUGGAGACAACUGUUGAUGUUGAAGAAGGAAUGGUGAUUGACAGAGGAUACAUCUCCAUACAAUUUGUUACUGACCUUGAGAAAUUAACAGUCGAAUUCGAGAACGCCAGAGUGUUGGUCACAGACAAAAAUAUAUCUUCAAACAAAGACAUAACCCCAUUGUUGGAGAAAAGAAAUCAGUUAGGUGGUCCUUUGUUGAUUAUUGCUGAAGAUGUCACUGGCGAAGCUUUAGCCACCCUUGUUGUAAACAAAUUGCGAGGCGACCUCAAGGUCGCUGCCAUUAAAGCACCUGGAGUUGGUGAAAGAAGAAAAGCCCUCCUUCAAGACAUCGCCAUCAUGACAGGAGCUAAGUACCUAUCGACUGAGUCGGGGUUGCUUAUCGAAAACUUAUCGGUCGAGCAGCUUGGAAGGGCUAAAAAGAUCACAGUCAGCAAAAACUCAACCACCAUCAGUGCUGAUAGUGCAUCUAAAGAUAAGAUCGAGUCGAGAAUUUCUGAAAUCAAGAAAGAAUUAUCCGAAACAGAUUCGGUCUACGAUUCUGAAGAACUAGCAAAACGAAUCGCGAAUUUAUCCCGCAAGGUCGCUAUCAUAAAAGUAGGUACUGCAAUAGCAGACCAGAAAACCCUUUUCGAGGAUGCAAAAAACGCGACAUUUGCAGCAAUAAAAGAAGGAAUAGUCCCUGGAGGUGGUGCUGCAUUUGUCCAUCUGUCCACAUUAGUUCCUGGUAUUAAGGAAACGCUUGAUAAUGCGGAUGAACGUUUGGGUGCGGAUAUUAUUCAAAAGGCGAUUGUGGCACCGGCAUCAUUGAUUGCACAGAACGCCGGAAUUGAUGGCGAGAUGGCUGUUGAGAAGGUGAAGGAAGGGGAAUGGGAGAUGGGGUAUAACGCGGUGAGUGAUAAGUACGAGAAUUUGGUGGAGGCCGGAGUUGUUGAUCCGGCGAAGGUGGCACGAUCUGCAAUUGAGAAUUCCGCUUUGGUUGCAGGGAGGGUGUUGAUUAAUCAUGGGACUCUGAUUGAGAACAUCAUGGCUAUGGGGGAUGUGGCUGUUGUGUAAAGUAUGUAAAUUGUAAUGUGGAUUUUCCCUUUGUUGCAAUUUUUUAUCAAUAAUAACAAAAGACAUUAUCUUCGGUCCUUCAA